AUGGGUUGCUGCCAGUCGCAGCCAGAUAGCCAGGACGGACUUCCAAGGCACCGCAUUGUCCAGCCGGCACCGGCGAACAAUGCUGUGCGGCAGCUUGGGGCUGACGGCAACGCAUCCCAAAUCAGCGUCGACAGAGCAUCUGCUGCCGCCUUUGACAAUUCGAGGGCCAAUCAUGUUAACGGACCACAAGGGAGUGUUUCACUGAAGCGUCCACAUUCAGUCCGCCAUUGCCCACCGGACUUCCUACAAGCGCCUGCGCCGUGGACCCGGAGCACGCUGAACGCCCAAAGAGAAGCAUUUUGGGACACCCGAGUUUCACCAGAUGAUCCCAACAAAUGGUUAGCCCUGCGCCGAGCUUGCGAGAGUCUAGUAGCGGGAGACACCGCAACCGCUCAAACACUGCUUGAGACUGCAGGCUUGAUAUGCCCGAGUGGAGUGAUCGGCUGCAAACGGGACGAAGGUUCUCGCAGAUGGGGCGUAUAUGACGCAGAGGGUGGCGCGCUUUUCUACGUACCACCGUGGGUAUUGUCGGUCCCGCGCGACGUCGUGGAAGACGAAGCAGCAGACGACGUCUCGCUGAAAGCCGCAGACGAGACCGACGGUGACGAUGAAGAAGGUGCACACCAGCCGACACACCAAGCGCAGAGUCCAAAAGGCAAGGGCCGAUACACGGAGGAAGCGCUCGGGACGGCGUUAGUUGUUAAGUGCAAAUUGAGCUCCGGGAAGGGCGAUCUCCACAUCACGAUGCGCGAGGCCGAAUAUGUUUCUACCCUUACCGAUCGUGUGCGAGAGCAAGUCCAUAACCAGAGGAUCAAACUCAUACUCCGAGGCAAACCGCUCGAUGAGCGCAAAACAUUGGUGGAGCAGGGCUGGAGCCAAGGAGAUUGCGUCAACGCUUUUAUCCUUGGUUACGAGCCAUCGGUGGAAUCACCUCCACCGGUGGAGAGCGACGAGGUGGGCGAUCCGGAGUUAUAG